UUCCUCUCAUCAAUCCACUUCCUGGGACGCCGAUUCGGUUGCUACGAAUGACUUACUUACUCGAGUGAGAGAAACUAGAGAGAUCAAACAUCAGCCACAAGUUCAGCUGGAAUUUAGCCAUGAGGGCCGUUCCAACUUGGGUGGAUAAGGCUGUGGACAGCAACAAGCAAGAGCAGUGUGUUUGGGAUCUUUGCUUCAGCCCUGAUGGUACACGGUUAGUUGUUGCUGCAGGAAACCGAGUUCUCAUCUACGAUGCUACCGAUGGUACCCUUGUGCAGCCUCUUAAAGGGCAUAAGGAGACUGUUUUUUGUGUGGCUUAUGCCACAGAUGGGAAGAGAUUUGCCUCUGGGUCUGCAGACAAAAGUGUCAUCAUUUGGACAAACAAGCUUGAAGGAAUCCUGAAAUAUACACAUAAUGAUGCUAUCCAGUGCCUUGCUUACAAUCCAGUGACUCAUCAACUUGCAAGCUGUGCCGUAACGGAUUUUGGUCUGUGGUCUCCAGAACAGAAAUCUGUAGCAAAACACAAAGUCAGCAGCCGCAUCACCUGUUGUAGCUGGACGAAUGAUGGUCAAUACUUGGCCCUGGGGCUCUAUAAUGGACUAGUCAGCAUUAGAAAUAAGGCAGGUGAAGAAAAGGUGAAGAUUGAGCGGCCCCAAGCCAACAUCGCUCCAGUUUGGUCUGUGUCUUGGAAUCCCAACAGAGAUGAGCAGUAUGAUGUUUUAGCAAUUGCUGACUGGGGCCAGAGGCUUUCUUUCUACCAGCUGUCUGGCAAGCAGAUAGGAAAAGACAGGACGCUAGGCUACGACCCCUGCUCUCUCAGCUGGUUCUCUAAGGGAGAGUAUGUGGUUCUGGGCGGCGCCAACAAACAGUGCUGUCUACAUACCAAAGAGGGUGUCAAGCUUGGGGUGAUCGGAGAGCCGACCGGAUGGGUGUGGAGCUGUGCCGUGAAGCCCGACUCAAACUACGUGGCAAUUGGCAGCGAUGAUGGCACCAUCGCUCUGUACCAGCUGAUAUUUGGAACAGUUCACGGACUCUACAAAGACAGAUAUGCCUACAGAGACAAUAUGACUGAUGUCAUCAUCCAGCACCUCAUUACAGACCAAAAAGUGAGAAUCAAAUGCAGAGAUUUGGUGAAGAAGAUUGCUAUCUACAGGAACAGACUUGCUGUUCAACUGCCGGAUCGUAUUGUGGUCUAUGAGCUGUACUCGGACGACGCUACUGACAUGCACUAUCGUGUGAAGGAAAAGAUCAACAAAAAGUUUGACUGCAACUUGCUUGUGGUUUGCUCCCAGCACAUUAUCCUCUGUCAGGAGAAGAGAUUGCAAUGCCUGUCUUUCUCUGGGGAUAAAGAGAGGGAAUGGGUGAUGGAAUCCAUCAUUCGGUACAUCAAGGUCAUUGGCGGCCCUGCUGGAAAGGAAGGUCUCCUUGUGGGCCUAAAAAAUGGACAGAUAUUGAAGAUCUUCACAGACAACCCGUUCCCCAUCCUGCUGCUGAAGCAGAGCACGUCUGUGAGGUGUCUGGACCUGAGCGCCUCUCGCAACAAACUGGCCGUGGUGGAUGAGCAGAACACUUGCCUUGUGUACGACCUCACCACAAAAGAACUCUUGUUUCAGGAAAGAAAUGCCAACAGUGUAGCUUGGAACACUCAGUAUGAAGACAUGUUAUGUUUCUCUGGUAAUGGCAUGCUCAACAUCAAAGCUAGCAACUUUCCCGUUCAUCAGCAAAAAUUGCAGGGUUUUGUGGUGGGCUUCAGUGGCUCCAAGAUCUUCUGCCUUCACGUGUACGCCAUGUCGUCGGUGGACGUUCCACAGUCUGCUCCAAUGUACCAGUACCUGGAGAAGAAAAUGUUCAAGGAUGCGUACAAAGUGGCAUGCCUAGGAGUGACCGAGGGAGACUGGGAAGCUCUGGCACAUGAUGCUCUUGAGGGACUCGACUUUGACAUCGCUAAAAAAGCUUUCAUCAGAAUCAGAGAUCUCCGGUACCUGGAACUGAUACAUGCUAUUGAGGAGCGCAAACGUCGUGGUGAGCAGGACAAUAUGGUGUUCCUAGGCGACGUCUAUGCCUACCAGACCAGGUUUCAGGAAGCCUCCAAGCUGUACAAGAAGUCCAACCAGGAGCAGAAGGCUCUCAACAUGUACACAGAUCUCAGGAUGUUCGACUCAGCCAAGGAAUUUCUGGGAGCUGGGGACGCACAGGACAAGAAGCUGCUCAUAACCAAGCAGGCAGAUUGGGCCAAGAGCAGCAACGAACCCCGGGCAGCUGCGGAGAUGUACAUCUCUGCCGGAGAGUAUCUCAAGGCCGUUGAUAUCAUCGGUGAUCACGGAUGGCCAGACAUGAUGAUUGACCUGGCCCGUAAAAUCGACAAAGCUGACCGGGAGGCGUUGAGCAGAUGUGCGCUGCACCUGGCUAAGAUGGAACAGUUUGGCUACGCGGCAGAAGUCUACAGCAAGAUGGGUGACCAAAAGGCUCUCAUUGCCAUGCGAGUGGAGGCGAAACACUGGGAUGAUGCAUUUACCCUAGUGGAGAAGCAUCCAGAGCACAAAACCGAUGUCUACGUCCCGUACGCUCAGUGGCUGGCGGAGAAGGAUCGAUUUGAGGAGGCACAACAAGCCUUCCACAAGGCUGGCCUCCAGGCUGAGGCUGUGAAGGUAUUGGAACAGCUGACCCACAACGCGGUCGUCGAGUCCAGGUUCGACGAUGCCGGUUACUACUUUUGGAAGCUGUCCAUCCAGUGCUUGGAUAUAGCCAAAGAGGAACCAGAAAGGAGGACUGACAUGUUGCAUAAAUUCCAGGAUUUCCAAAAGAAAGCCGAGAUGUAUUAUGUGUACCACACCAUCAACAGACAUGUUGUGGAACCAUUCACCAGUGUGUUGCCGGAGGGUUUGUUCAACAUGUCUCGCUACCUGCUGCACAGUAUUGACAAAGACAUUCCUGAGGGCAUUUCCAAGUCAGCCACACUUUUCACACUGGCGAAACAAAGCAAGAACUUGGGAGCUUACAAACUGGCACGCACAGCGUAUGAAAAGUUGCGUCUGCUACGCUUGCCGCAGAGAUUUCAGGAUUCUAUAGACUUGGGAUGCCUCACGAUCCGUUCAAAGCCUUUUCACGAUGCUGAGGAACUUCUCCCAAUGUGCUACCGCUGCUCGACAACCAAUCCCUUACUGAACAAAGCAGGCAGUCAGUGUGUCAACUGCAAGCAGCCAUUUGUACCGUCUUUUGUAAAUUUUGAGGUUCUCCCGCUAGUGGAGUUUGUGUUGGAGGACGGCAUCACGGACGAAGAGGCGGUGCACGUGCUGGACAUGUCCAUUCCCAAGCAGAAAAAGAAGUCUGGCCCCUGGUCAGAAACCAGGAUGAACAAUUUUCAGUCUUUGCGUUUGGGAGAUGAGCCACAGGAAGAGGAGGAUCCGUUCACAGCCAGACUGAAGUCUUACAGCGAAGGCGAUGAGUUCCAACCGGUUGUGGUGAAUAAACCAACCCUCCAGACCCUGUCCAGGUCAGAUGUGUACAUCCUGAAGUGGCCCAGACCGCUGCGCUAUCAGUUCUUCAAGUCCUUGCUCCCCGAUGUGUCCAUCACUUUGUGCCCAACGUGUAAUAAGCUUUUCCACACUGACGACUUUGAGCAACAGUAUCUUCAGCGAGGACAUUGCCCCUUCUGCAGAGGAAAAUUUGAAGACUAGAUCUGUUUUUUUACAAAUAAAAAUUGUGACUAGAGUGUUAUUCUUUUAGGAAAGGAAUGACAAAGUGCAGCUAUGCUUUUCCAGGCCGUCCAUAGAUUGACUGAUGUGUGGAGCCCCAACAGCUUAGGUGGUGUAGUCCUUUGUAUAGAUGUAUUUGGUAAUAUUUAAAAUUGUUUUCCCACCGACCUGAUUACAAGUCUUCAAAGUGUUUUUCGUACUUGCAAAGACGUUCUGGAAGUUCUCCACUCUGUACUGAAGAAAGGACUGUCCUCAGAUUCAGUUCUCUCUUGUAGUCAGCAAUGGAGUGCAGUGAAUUUUGGAACUCUCUUUAUACUUGUUGUUUACAUAGUCAAAGCAAGAAGGUAGAGAUCUGGCUGUGAUGUUGCUUUGGUGAUGGGAGUUGUUUAUUAAGACUUAUUUGUGGAAGUUAAGCAAUGUUUUCAGCUCCAGACAAAUGCAAUAAUAAUGAAGCUUUUUGAGGUUUGUCAUUUUCAAUUUUUUUUUCUUGCAGUUUUACUUUUGACGAGCCAAAUAUUCUUCUCUCUUAUUUUCUAAGGCCCAAGUUACAAAUUUUGUUUAAUGAGGAUUUCUAAAUGGUUUCCCAUAUUUGAUAUAUUUAGAUCUUGUUUUAAAUUGUUAUUUUGAGCAAAUGGUUGGGAACCAGGUGUAUUAAUAAUAAUGAUUAAGAUAAAAAAAUCAGUCCUACUUGCUCCCACUGGUUAUUGCUGCACAUAAUCAUAAUGAUGAACAUUUACUUACACACUAAGAGACACUGCACAAAGGACAUUACCAUUAUUUUUCCAGUAGAACGUAUACCGGGUGUGUUUUGUAUGGUAUAUUAUUGCAGGACAAACUCCUCAUAGAUGUUCUUUAUCUGUUAUUGAGAUUUGCGAGAGGGGUCGGAAAAUGGAGUUCGGGUCGAAAUGACGAGAGAGAUACAGCAUUAUGAGAGGAAUCUCCAGGAAAGAGUACAUGGGAUGAGUAUGGCGAUUGAUUGUAUAAAAUUAUUAUUACUAUUAUAGUCUAGUCUUUUGGGCUGGCUUCUCUUUUCUGGUAGAGAGAAAAUUUGUGUACAGUUCAAGGGUGGCUUAGGAGAUUGUGUAUAUUUAAUUCUGUGAUGCUCAGGUUGUUAUGUAUGUAAAUGUUUUUCACACUUUAUGGCUUUAUGAACAAAUUUGUGUUUUAUAUAAAGUUGCAUAAGCAGUGUGGCUUUCUACUUAAUCUUUGUCAUUUUUAUCUGGUUGUUUUUGGGGGGAUUUUUUAUGAGGGCUUGGUUUACAACCUUGCUUGGAACCUUACCAAACACUCCUGCCUGGGGAGAAGAAAAUAUUAUCAUUACCACACUUAUUUUUUAAUUGUUUUUCUUUUGGUCACAACAGAUAUUUUCCCAGCACAGUUUUUUUAAAGUCGUUAUUGUCUGUGGCCCAGCUGUUUUAAACACCCUUUGGAAGUUUGAUAUUAUCCAUAUAUGAUAUACAGCAGCCUUUCUGAAUAUUAAGACGACUAAGGCAAACACAGGUUAAAAUUUUGUUGUGUUUUUUUUUUAUUAUUGAGAAAGUUCUUCUCACGUACUUUUCCCUGUUUCAUACAAUUGAGGUUUUUUUAGUGCAAAAGUUUUGUUUCUGACAGAAGUGAUCUGGGUGUUUGGUUUUUUGAAUUUUUAUUAAUUGAAUCAUGACAAAGGACUAGAUCUAUA